CUCCUUUCUUGGCUGCAGCCGGCAGUAACCCGACCCCGCCGGCACAGAGACUGAAGAAGCGCAGGGGACAGCGGCGAGCUGCGAACAAAAGCCCUUGGCACCGGGCCGCAGCCCAGGACGUGGGAGAUCCCAACAAAGGACGGGGCUCAGCCAUGGUGGACCCGGUGCCUGAAGAGGAGAAGGCGGGAGCUGAGCCCGCUGGCUCCGGAGAGGACGGGGCCGCGGCGUCGGUGCCCCCCGACGCCCAGGGCGCCCAGCAGCCCACGGCCGCCUCGGCCUCAGCCUCUGCGGCAGGGCCCCGCAAGGCUGAAGUCCCAUGUGCUGCAGGAGAAGGCGGGCGGCGGGAGCAGUCCCCACUGCUGCACCUCGACCUCUUCAACUUCGACUGCCCGGAGGCGGAGGGCAGCCGCUACGUGCUGACCAGUCCCCGCUCGCUCGAGGCCUGCGCCCGCUGUGCGGUCAAGCCUGUGGAGCUGCUGCCGCGGGCCCUGGCCGACCUGGUGCGCGAGGCUCCUGGCCGCUCCAUGCGGGUGGCCACUGGGCUGUACGAGGCCUACGAGGCGGAGCGGCGCGCCAAGCUGCAGCAGUGCCGGGCCGAGCGCGAGCGCAUCGUGCGCGAGGAGAAGCGGCGCCUCUUCACCCCGUUGGGCCCUGCGACCGCCGCGGCCUCUGCUCCGAGCGCCGGCAGCAGCAGUAGCUGCAGUAGCACCAGCCUUCCGGCCUCGCCCGCACCACGUGCGGCCCGCAAGGCAUCGCCCAGUCCCUCCCCCGCCCGGACCCAACCCCCGCCAGCAGGUUCUAGGACAGGCAGGAAGAGCCACUCGCUGGACUCGCUAUCCCGCCGGCGUGAGGGUGCCCUCAGCUCCGAGUCUGGCGCAUCGUCGUCCUCCUACAGCGGGGAGAGCCUUCGGGAGCUUCGCUGGCCACCACGGGCUUCGGCCAGGAACAGCUGCCCAGCGGGGUCAGUGUCCUCCGCCCUCAACCCUCUGGGCCGCCCGUCCGCCCUGGCCCUGGUGCCGAUCACAGGCAGGAGCUUCAGCCUCGGUGACCUGAGCCACUCGCCACAGACCACUCAGCACGUGGAGCGCAUCGUGCGCCAAGUGCGCACGGAGCGGGGCCUGCGCCGGGUGCCCGAACGCGACCGGAAGAUCGCGGCGCUCAUGCUGGCGCGGCAUCAGGAGGAGCGCCUGCUGCUGGAACAGCGCGCCGCGGCCCACGGCCAGUGGGAGCAGCAACGCUUGCGCGCCGAGCAACGGCGGGAGCGCGAGGAGCGCGAGAAGCAGCGCGCCCUGGAGCAGGGCCGCCGGGCUUGGGCCGCGCAGGUGGAGGAGCGGCGCGGCCGCCGAGGCCGCGAGGAGCGGGAGGCGGCGAGGCGGCGGCAGCGGCAGUUCGAGCGCAGCGAGGAGCGGCGGCGGGAGCUGGCGGAGCGCCAGAGCCUGCUGCGGCGGGAGAAGGCAGAGCGCACGGCCCGAGAGGACCGGCUGCGCAAGCAGCAGCAGGAGCAGAACCUGAAGCAGCGGGAGGAAGGCCUGCAGGAAGGGCGCGAGCGAGCAGACCAGGUCCGCAGGGAGCGGGCGCAGCGCGUGGCGCGCACCAAGCAGCAACAAGAGGGCCAACUGCAGAGGGAGAAGCGGGAACUGAGCCGGGCGGAGCGGGCGCGCCACGAGGCGCUGCGGCAGGGGCGGGCCCGGCAGCAGCAGCAAGAGCGAGAGGGCCUGCGGAGUUCCCUGGAAGCCAGCUUGGGCCGCGCGCAGGAGAACUACGAGCAUCUGGUGGAGCAGCGAACCCGGGAGUUGCGGGAGCGGGCCCAGAGAGAGGAGCUGCAGGGUCGGCGGGCCAAGGAAGCGGCGGAACGCAAAGAGCGGGAGCAUCAGGCGCACCUGGAGGCGUUGGCCCGGGCAGGGGAGCGACGUCUGCAGCAUGCGGCGCAGGUGGCCGAGGAGGCAGUGCAGCAGAAGGCGCGGCGCGUGGGCCAGAGUCGCCUGGAGAAGGAGCGGGCCCAGCGGGCCAACAAAGAGAAGGUGGAGAGGGACGAAGACAGUCGCCGGCGAGAGCUGCUCCAAGCCAUCGGGCGCAAGCUGGAGCGCAGCGAGCAGCUGUCGCGGGAACGGCGCAGUGCGCUUGAGAGCUCCCGUUCCACAGCCCGGGCCUCCUUCCACGUUCGCGAGAAGGUGCGCGAGGAGACUAACACGCGCUCCUUCGACCGAAUGGUGCGGGAGGCCCAGCUGCACGCCAGCCUGGACCGCAAGUGACAGCAGCUCUCUACCUGCCAAACUGGCACACACAGCCCUGUGGAGCCUCCCUUGGCCACUUUGACCUUGCAUAGGAGACCUAUCAGGAGCGCAGCACCGUACCCUCUCCAGGCUUCUG